AUGUGGGAUGCAGUCAUUCCUAUGUCCAAGCACAAGAGGUUUCGCAACGGGAUGCGUGGGAGUGAGCUGCAGAGGUUAAUGCAUCGGCUGCAGCGUGUCUGUCAUGGUCAGAUAGCGAGCAGCGAAGUUGCAGUUGGGCGGUGGAUCGAUACACUGCCCAAAGUACCAGCAGAUAUGAAGAGGCUGCAGCGGAUCGAAGCUGCGAUCGACAAUAGCGUAAAGCGGCUGGAUACACAUAGCAGGUUGCAGCGUGAGCUUGUGCUUACACAUAUCAAGGUCCUUGAUGUCCGAUCGGAGAUUGCGCGUAACAAACACACGGGCAGCAAGAGCGGACAGUAUCGACGGAGAUCGUUGCAUUGGCGCGGUAGUGGUGAGCUGCGCGAUACACGGGUAGCGCUUAUUGCCAAGGCAUUCCACGCCAACUGUCCUGGGCUUCUGUUGAAUCUCUUGCUUGAUUGGAACACUGGCGAGACGCUCGUGUCAGAGUACUUUCUUGAUCGGAUAUGCGCUCAGUUUUUGGACACGCCGGAGCGGAUAGAAGAGUCGUUUACAGCAAGCAGGCUCAUAAUACAGCAGCGAAGGCCGCAGCGCUGCAGGGGCGGAGGAAAGGCACAUCAACACGGUUCAAAGGACACGCUAUGGCAGAUGGACAACAUCGACUGUGCCAUCGUCGCACUGGAUAAUCUAGCUAAAGUGGAGCAACGGACAGGCGAAGAUGUGAUGAUCUCGUCGCUUGCGGUUAAGCUUAUGGACUGCUGCCAAGCAUUCAAUCAGACUCCCAAGGCAAAACGCGUUUUCCACAGGCAUAUCGAGCUACUGAAGCGCAAUCCAGCAGCAUACAAUAUCCUGCUUAUUCCCGAGGCAAAUGCCUACAACAUGUCCGAGGUUGUUUCGCUGCUACGAUUGAUGAAGCACAACGGUGCAAUUCCUGAUCCAGCGACCUGGACCGCAAUAAUCUAUGGCAUGUUUCGUAACGGGCGCGCGUUCCAGGCAAUGAAGCUGUUUUCACUGCAUUUGGAGUUUCUGCCUCGGAAAGCCGGAGGGGCAGGCGGCGAGAUGUUCAUGUCAGAGUCGAACAUCUGGCAGGAUUGGUAUGCGCAGCCAUCCAGCAGAUACGAAAUCCCGUCGUUCAUUACCAACUGGAUUCGAGCACUGGCCAACGAGUAUCACGAAUCACGAUCUGCGGACCGUGUCGUGCGACGAGGCAAGCGGACCGAUAUAACGCCCUGGCUACCAACGCUGGCAACGCACAAGCUCAUGCUCAAGUCUUUGGGAAAGCACGGGACCACAGCUGCACUAACAAAGUACGUCCAGCAUCUCAAGAGUGUCUGGCCGCAGUACAGCCAGUAUGCCGACUGGAAUAUGCAGCUUGGCGAGUCCAAGGGAAUACGUGCAAUCGAGCGGAUCAUGCACAGCCAUCUUGCCCAGCGGAUGCCAGAGAUACGCAGUGUAUAUGGACUCUAUCCAGUAGUGGACACCGACAAUACGGCGACGGCUGGGUAUUAUGCGCAUGUGGAUGAGAUGAUGGAUCUGGCAAAGAGGCGUCCGAGCAAUAUAGACGGUGGGAAGUCGACGGUGAGCAAAGUCCCUGAGCGAGUCAUCUUCAACAAGUCACUGAAUGCCUACGCAACAGAAGGCGACAUGCGCACCAUUCUGCAUCACAUGCGGCGGUUUCCAAUGCUCAACGAUAUUGCCUCGUGGACCGAGGUUGUCCGGUGCGUAUGUACGCAAAUUGUUGGUGAUCCAGGGAAUGAGCUUCUGCUGUACCCGCAGCUGCUAGGAGAUAACGGAAAAGACCUAUCGUGGGUUGCAGUUUUGUUCAGAUUGGCAAAGGAACUGUCGGCCCGUGGCAUAGACUUUAACAAUGUCACGUUUGGCGUCAUAGUGCAGACGGCAAUGUGCCUGAACGAUUUUAAGGCUGUGGGUCAGAUCAUAGAUUUCAUGGCGCACAACUCGACAACGCGGUUCAAUGUCGAUAUGCUGAAGAUGGUCAUUGGUGGCAGCAGCACCCCGUUCGAGAUCAAGCAGUCGCUGGUCAAGAGCAUGCUUGGUAUAGAUCGCCAUCAGCCAGGCAGCAGCAAGAAUGGGGGGAUCAGUUUCGGCGUGUCAACGAUCAAGCCUGACCGCCGGCUUUUGUCGCUGCUCGUUGCCUCGGUUAGAACCGCCUGGGAUAUGCGCCUGCUACGUGACUUGGCCGACACAUUCGAGUUGGAGUACGAUAUCAAGAUGGCCGGCUCCGACUAUGCCAAGCUUCUGACUGUGUGCCGAGAGAAUCAGCUGGACCUGGCGGCACGGGUCUGGAUUGAUCGCAUGGUGGCUUCCCAUACACCAAUCUCAGGCAAACUGGCAGAGUUGCUGGCAGUUCUUCGACUAUAG